CGCCGCUGGCCUUGCAGCCGGACUGCGCUGCGCUCCGCACCCCGCCGCCCUGACGCCAACCGGCGCCCCCCCGGGCGGCGGCUUCAGGGACCGAGCAGCGCACGCAGCCGGCCAAUGCCGGAUGCCUCCCCGGCCCCGCGGCCGUCCGGAGGGGCGUUGGGCACGCAGCCGCCCCGGCGAUGUGCUGUGUAAGUGAACACCUGGGAGGUGGGCGACCGCUGUGUGUCCGUCGGUCUUGGCUCGUCAGCUUUGCCCUUUGGGUUUUUCAAUGGCAGAAACCUGGGAGUUACAGGCGACUUUAAUUCAAGCAGACCUCUCGCGGCCAGCUGCCUCGGAUAGAGCCUCACGUCUCCGUCUCCUCAUUGAGAAGUUAGCCCCCACCCCUUCCACCUGGUUCUGAGCCCCAAGUCCGAGGUAUUGCAUUUCUGAGCUGCAGUUUCAUUCUCCUUCCUACCUGAAGAGUGACUGAAGAUUUUCAGAUAAACACUACAGGUGAAGAUUGGUAAAAAGAAGCACUGAUUACUGCGGUGGCCUGGAGAGGAAAAGCGCUGGUCGGUAUCACAUGGACAAGCUCAGUGUUUUCCAAAGAUGCUGUUGAAGUAGUCUUUGCUACUGCUUUCCUUCAAAGCUCUUCAUAACAUGGGCUGCAUGAAAUCAAAGCAAACUUUCCCAUUUCCUACCACAUGUGAGAGUGAGAAGCAGCAUGCAAGUGAAGAAAGCUUUAUGUCUGGAGACAGAUUUCCACCUAGGAUGCCUUCUCCAGUUAAUGUCGAACAGGAAGUGAAGAAACCAUCAGGGCCCGAAACUGUGGUCUUUGAAUUUGCACAUCGCCUGUCCCAGGAAAUCCUGAGUGAUGCCUUGCAGCAGUGGGCAGGCAAUAACAUCAAGUACUAUGACAUCCCAUAUAUUGAGAGUGAGGGGCCUUGACGCUGUAGGAUGAUGAUAACUUCUUGAAUUGUGGAUAAAGUUGGUGCUAGCUUAAAUACAUGAAACAAUAGCAAAAACUGAUGUGAAUAAAUACAAAUAACUACGUCUGGAUGUAAAAAAAAAAGUCUAUGGUAAUAUCAAGAGUAUACAAUACUUACGUGAAAUAUGUUAAGCACUUUUUAUGUUAACAGUGAUUUCUACCUGCU